AUGCAGCAAUGGAUCGAUCAUCUAUUCCUAUUUUUUUUUGAUCAUCUAUGCCAUGCUUACAACAGUAAUACAAUAUGGUCUGAUGAUGAAGAACCAGUACGAUACAUUGAUUAUUCUGUUUAUGAACGUGAACUAGAUCUAACAUUAACACGAUUAGCUACAUUUUAUGCAUUUCUCUUUAAAUUAACUUAUGGUCAAAGUGAUCUUUGUAUUACUUGCCUUAAUCCCAAUCGAUAUAGUAGUGAAUUACAACGUAUGAUUGGAAUGUUUGUUGCAACAUUACCUCGUCGUAUUCAACUUUAUUCUCAUUGGUCAUUCAAUGAACUUGUCAAACAUGUACAAGAAAAGUAUUUCUUAUCACCAUACGAUGUCCUUUUAUCGGUAAUUUUACGAUGGUUAGGUGCUCAUGUCGAAGAUGAUGUCAAGUUCGCUGAAUUUCAACAAAUAUUACGUUUUCCAUCAAAUCUUCUUAACAUCGAACGUGGUGCGACAACGUUUGGUGAAGCUAAUCUUGCUCCAAUGAAAUUAACAAAAGAAGGACUAUGUUCUCUUGAUGAAAUACAUCUUGGCUCACAUACUAAUCUUGGUAAUCGGUGUAUAAUUAUGCCAGCAAUAAGGCUUCCUCCAAAAGUAAUUGUUGGAAGUCUUACAUUGGUUACACGAAAAACAGCUAGUACAGAAAAUAAUUGUAUAUUACUCGUACGAUCUGAAGAAUUUGAUUAUGUUAUUAUAGCUACUGGACAUUUUUCAACCCCUAAUAUACCAUACGUUGAUGGAAUUGAAACAUUUCAUGGUCGUAUAUUACAUUCUCAUGAUUUUCGUUUUGCUCAAGAUUUUAUUGAUAAGCAUGUACUACUUAUUGGUAAUGGAUUUUCAGCUGAAGAUAUUAGUUUACAAUUAUACAAAUAUGGAGCAAAAUCUGUUACACUAUCAUAUCGAACUAAGCCAAAAGAUUUCAAAUGGCCUGAUAAAAUUAAAGAAGUACCAUUAGUCAUUAAAAUUGAUAACGAAACAGUAUAUUUUAAUGAUGGCUCGUCUGAAACAGUACAUGCAAUAAUUUUUUGUACUGGCUAUUUAUAUUAUUUUCCAUUUCUCGAUGAUACUCUUCGUUUAAAAUUAUCAUCGAACUGUUUUUAUCCUCCGAAUUUAUAUAAAACAAUAUUUUGGUUAAAUCAACCACGUUUACUCUAUUUGGGUAUGCAACGUAUGGGACUUAGUUUUAAUAUUGGUAAUGUUUUAGCAUGGUAUGCUCGUGAUGUUAUUCUAGGAAAAAUUAUUUUACCUUCAACAAAAGAUGAAAUGAAAUCUGAUAUAGCAGAAUGGCAAAAAAAAGAAAAAGGAAUUCAAAACUUUACUGAUUAUGUUAAUUUUCAACGAGAAAUUGUUUUGGAUUUAAUCAAUGCAACAGAUUAUCCACGCUUCGAUAUUCAUCGUAUGAAUCAAUUAUUAUUUGAAUGUAUGAAAACAAGAUUCGAGAAUAUGCUCACCUAUAGAGAAAAAACAUAUGCCUCAGUAUUAACUAAUACAAUGGCCAAACCACAUAAUACACCCUGGUUGAGCGAAAUGGAUGAUAGAUUAGAAAAUUUUAUUCAAAAAUAA